UACAUAGGUAUGUGCUGCUUGCAGGAUAGAGGAUUGUGUGUUGUUCUUUUAUGAUUACUGGACUAGAACUAGUCUAGAUCUAUAUUAGUAUAUAGAAUCUAGGGUACUAGGCCUAGGCCCUUGGGUCUAGAUCUGUUGUUUAUAGAUCUAGAAUAAAGAUCUAUAAAUCUAUAGACAGUCUAGAUCUGUUACAGAUUCUGUAAGUGUAUCCUAGACCUAAGUCAAGUCUAAGUAGAAUAAAGUAGCCCAAGUCCAAGCCAAGGCUAAGGCUAUAAAUAAUUAUAAAUUAAAAAUGGAUAUUGACUUUGAAUCAAAAAUUUCUCACAGUCAUAAUUCCAGCAUAACAGUUCUGCUAAAUGACAACCAUUCAACAGCAUGGAUGGAUGCUCUUGUAGCUGUAAAAAAUGAUAUAAUUGGAAGCAACAAAGAGAAAAUGCUCAUCCUUCAGUCUGGACUUGUUACAAGACUUCUGAACUGGAUUGAAGAUGAUUCAAUUAGCUAUGAUUUAAAAACGGAAGCAAUAAUUGUACUUGGAAGUUUGGGGAAAGGAAAUUCUGAAAUGAUUAGAAUUCUUAUUCAGGAAAAGACAGUUCCAAUUCUACUAAAAUCCCUUACAAAUUUUAAUUUGCGAUACACUGAAGCAAUUUUGAGAUGCUUACGAUCAAUUUUUCUUGUGAAUACAGAGUCACUUUUAUAUAUAUAUGAAGAAAAUCAGUUUGGUAGAACAUACAUUCCGCACCUCUUAGGUCUGCUGAAGUAUUCAGUAACUUGCCAAGAGUGUAUUGCUAUUAUAUUUGAAAAGUGUUGUAAGACCACACAGCACCAGUUAGAGCUACUGGAUAGUCACACUGUGGAUUUGUUUGCACCAUUAUUACUGUCUGAUUUCUACAAAGUACAGAUGCCUACCUUAAGAUGUUUUGCUAGCAUGUGUUUUAAAAACCCAACAGUUUGUUCUGCUGUAGUAUCAGUUCCCAAUUUGGUACAAGUAUUUGUUGAACUGAUGGGCAGAAACAAACCUUCGGAGAUGCAAUUAGCUGCUGCUAAAAUCUUAACUUAUCUUCAUAGAGGUGGUGCGCUAGAGGCUUCUGAUCCUGUCAUCAGUAGAAAGACAUUAGGAACACUAGUAAGAAUGUGUAAGAAAGAUAGACCAUUGGAAGAAAAUGUGAAAGGGGCAGAAACAUUGGCCUAUCUUAUUGAAGUAGAUCCUGAUCUACAAAUGAUAGCAAGUAUCACUGAUCACCUUAUUAGUACUCUGUCCAACUAUUUACACUAUAAGGAUGUCAAAAAAGUUUCAACAGACAAAAAGGAGGUUGACUGGGGCAGUGAAAUGAGACGAGCAGCAUUUUUAGCUUUUGCUGCUCUCAGUGCUAACGAUGAAGAAAUAAGAGAUAAGGUGAUUCAAAGAGAAGGACUGGUUGACCAAAUAAUGACUUGUAUGUUGAGCCCUAAUCAAGCGGAAGUGGCGGCAAGCUUAAGAUGUUUGCAGUCUCUUACACGCUCUGUUCAUCAGAUUAGAACUGUUUUACAUGAUAAUGCUGUUUGGAAACCUUUACUUGGGAUGCUUCAAUCUACUAAUCAUGAGAUCAUGGUGCUAGCAAUGACUUGUUUGUGUAACCUGGUUUUGGAGUUCAGCCCAAGUAAAGAGUCUCUUUUACAAGGUGCUGCUGUUGAUCUUUUAGCUGAAUACUGCCAAAAUUCAGAUAACACAGUAAGACUGAAUGCUAUUUGGGCUAUAAUGUCCUUGACCUAUUGUUCAAGUGAGAGUUUGAGAAUGAGAAUCAUUGAAACAAUGAGAACAGAUUGUUUGAUCCAAAGAAUAGAGGACCCUGUCAUGAUCAUUAGACAAAAGGCUUUAGCUGUUGUUAGAAAUCUUCUUACUAGUGCUAAUGAAGGAGAUGAAAGAGAUAUAAGCCCACUUUCACGAAUACGUUCUGAACGUAGAAAUGGAGAUAAAACAAUCAUUGACAGAAUGGUGAAAGCUCUUGGUAGUGAAGUAAUAGAUGCAGUUUUUCGCAUUGUCCGUGAUCAAAAUUCUCCAGUUUAUGUACUUGAACAGGCCCUCUGUGCACUGAGUAACAUGGCAGAUGGUCCAUCCUGCAAAGCUCAUAUUAUUGGCAAAACUGAAGAUAUACAAUGUAUUAUUAAAUACUUGGACACUGAGAAUUAUUCUGAGCUCAGCCUUCAGCUGCCAGUCAUACAGUUCAUAACCAAUCUAAUUGAAUCAUCAGAAGAUGAGUCUGCAUGUUUUCCUAAUGCAGGUGCUUACCAGCGUAUGCUUGUCUUAAAAACUAUUGGUGUACAGAGGAUAUUAGAAGAUUUGAGGGACAAACCAGAUGCAAGCCUUCUUUAUCAAAAUAUUACUAAUGCUUUAAAGCACUUUCAUUGAGCCGGAGUAUUUUUCAUUGCAACAUUAAAUACAUUUAUCACCUGUUUUUUUUUUUUUUUUUUGGUUUGUUGUAAAGUAAUAUAUUAAUGUUUUUUGUCUAAAUAAACAGAUACAACUUCAUGACAGUA